AUGUCAGAAGAAAACACCACAUUCUAUGAUUAUUCAGAUUACUUAGAGCUUGCUAACGACACAGACCAUUCCCCUGCCAACCUAAGUGAUGUAAAGGACUUUAACAAAGUGUUUCUCACCACUCUCUACAGUUUGGUUUUCAUCAUGGGCUUCAUAGGUAACGGGCUAGUGGUGUGUGUCCUGGUGAAGCACCGGUAUCAGAGCAACCUGACAGACAUCUGCCUCUUCAACCUGGCUCUCUCUGACCUCCUCUUCGUCUUCACGCUGCCUUUCUACUCUCACUAUGCCAGGGUCGGCCAGUGGACCUUUGGAGACUUCAUGUGCCAUUUGAUCUCCGGCUCUCACCACACUGGCUUCUUCAGCAGCAUCUUCUUCAUGGUUGUCAUGACGCUGGACCGCUACAUGAUCAUCGUGCACACUCACAGGGUUGCACGUUAUCGCACAAAGAGGGCUUCCAUCAUUCUGACCGUGCUCGUUUGGAUGCUGAGCUUGUUUGUGUCUCUGCCAGAUUUUAUCUUCAGAAAGGCAAUAGGACAGGAAUCCCAAGGGGUGGAGUGUGACUACCCCGAAGAGAGCAACGUCUGGGAGCGUUACAGCCUGUUCACCAUAAAUGUGCUGGGUCUCAUCAUUCCCUUGUUGGUGAUGGUAGGUUGCUACUCCAGAAUCAUUCCCACGCUGGUGAGCAUGAGGACCGCAAAGAAGCACCGCAUCGUCAAGCUGAUCAUCUGCAUAAUGCUUGCAUUUUUCUUACUAUGGGCUCCAUAUAACAUUUCCCUUUUCCUGGAGUUUCUUCAGAAAAGAGGAAUAAUCCACAAUGAUAAAACCUGGUACAAAAAUAUAAGUCUGUCAAAAACAGUGACCGAGGCAUUAGCUUACACUCACUGCUGUCUGAAUCCCAUCAUAUAUGCUUUUGUGGGAGAGAAGUUUAUGAGACGAGCCUUGCAGCUGCUGAAAAAGUUUGUGCCUUUUUAUGGAAGAUAUUUGUCAGACAGCUCAUUCAGGAGAAGCUCAGUUAUGUCCAGGGGCUCUGAAGUCACCUCUGCUUCUUUGAAACUAUAG